CUCGUGGGUGUUUGUAAGUGUGUCGUUAAGCUCAAGCUUGAGCCAAACUUUAAGCUUCAAGCCUAAAAAUUGGUAUAGGAGCCGAGCUUGAUCUUAGUGAAUUUCGGCUCGAUUUGGUUCGAUUGUAACCCUAAUUUUUCAUAAAAAAAAAUAAUGCAAAAAUAUUAUUACCUAUAACAUUUUCACUUUGCAACGGUUAAAAGGAGCAAGCAAAACAGCCAAACAGGCCUUACGGACUCGCGCCCAAGCACAAGACAAGGAGGCGGCUCUCUCCUCACUUCCAGUGAGCACGCCGUAAAUCGCCAACGAACUUAACGGGAUAGUUUAGGAUGGACGUUGCACAUUGCUUCCUUGAUGGAAAUGCUGAUGCGGUGGAGUUCUGUCCGCAUGAGUCGCUCCACCAUGUCCUUGCUGCUUCAACUUAUACGCUGCAAGAGGGUGAUAAGCCCAGUCGAUCUGGUAGCAUAUCACUCUUCAACGUGGAUGCUGAUAUGGGACGGCUUGAACUGUUUCAUCGUGUGGAAACUGCGGGCAUUUUUGAUAUAAAAUGGAGCCCGGAUGGAGCCAAUAUUGGUCCUUUGCUUGCUCAAGCUGAUGCGGAUGGUUAUGUGAGAAUUCAUUGUCUAGAAUGCUGUUCCAAUGGAUCUGAAGCUAAAGGGAAUUUUCUGAGUGAGAUUACUGGCGAACAAGUUAGUUCCUCCAUGUGCCUGUGCCUGGACUGGAAUCCCUCAGCCACAUCCAUCUCUGUGGGGCUUUCAGAUGGUUCGGUAUCAAUAAUCUCCCUGCAGGAGUCUAAACUAGAUGUACUGCAAGAAUGGAAAGCACAUGAAUUUGAGCUUUGGGCAACUUCUUUUGAUAUAGACCAGCCACAGUUGGUUUAUACUGGUUCAGACGAUUGUAAAUUCAGCUGUUGGGACUUGCGGGAGUGCCCUUCAAAUUUAGUGUUCCAAAACUCGAAGAUCCACAAGAUGGGUGUUUGCUGCAUCUCAAAAAGUCCAAGUAAUCCUCAUACCUUACUUACUGGCAGUUACGAUGAAUUCCUAAGGGCAUGGGAUGUAAGAUCAAUCUCAAAGCCUAUAAAUGAAACAUCACUCUGUUUGGGUGGAGGAGUGUGGAGAAUUAAGCCCCAUCCAUCAGUGCCAGCACUAGUAUUAGCUGCUUGUAUGCACAAUGGUUUUGCAGUAGUUAAGAUUGAAGGGGAAAAAGCUAACGUGACUGAAAUUUUCAGUAAGCACGAUUCACUUGCAUAUGGAGCAGACUGGCAGAGAGGAGAAUUUUGCAAAGAAGGCAAAAGGAGUAGCAUAAUAGCUACUUGUUCGUUUUAUGAUCGGCUUCUUCGAAUAUGGAUGCCAGAAAGCAAUAUAUUUAUGUGAAUUGGUGUAAAUGGGUGCAUUUCCUUGGCAUCCAGUGGUAAUGCUUUUGGGGAUACCGUAUUUGCACGCAAUUUGAAAUGGGUUUGUGACAAAUAUUGUCACCACUGUACCCUUGCUAUUGUUUCUGUGCGGAUAAGAUUUUUUACUCUUCAUUAUUAAAAAAAUGGAAAAGGUUAGCCUUUUGUUUCUGUGUUGGAUCUCAUUUCUGAAAGAGUUGGGAAGUGUUGAAUCUUUUGGAUGAAAUCCAGUUUUGAUGCUGUUAUUUACCUUAUUAAUGGAUGGAUAUUUCAU